AUGGUCGAGACGCACAUCCCCACUCUCGCCUCCGACCAGUCUCCGUCCAUCCAAUCUCUCCUCGCCUAUCCACCGACGACCCCGCACCUGAACCCCUUCAAUCUCGCUAUCUGCGCCAGCUCCUCCGGUCGGGGCGUCUACACCACCACUCCCAUCUCUGCAGAUACUACUAUCGAGAUCUCCCCCGUCCUACUCUUUCCACCGGCAGAAUACGCGCAGCAUGGGAGCAAAACGCAGCUGGACGGCUACACCUUUGUGUGGAAGCGCACCGAGGCAGGUGCCGUCAUGGCGCUCGCACUCGGCCUAGGAAGCCUUUUCAAUCAUUCCGGAACGCCAAAUGUCAAGUGGAUGUUGGAUAGGGAGACUCACUCGAUACGGUACAGCACCGUGCGUGGCGUAGAGGCUGGGGAGGAGUUGACCAUCUCGUAUGGCACAGGAAGGAUGUGGUGGGAGCCCGAGAUGACUCUCGAAGAGAAAGGAAAGAUCGAGGCGGAGCGGCGGCGAGGAGAGGAUGCGGGGGCAGAAGCGAUGAUGAUGGGCCUAAUAGGGCUUGACGACGAGGCCGAGGAGACCGAAGUCGCUGAACAAAGCGUAGAAGAAGCGCUUCGGGAGAAGCCGGUGGUGAACGGUAUCGAAUCCCACCCAAUCCCUGGACCCAGCCGCUACCCGCCCAUCUACCGCCUCACCGCAGCACUCGACCCCGUCACCCUCCCACUCACCACCCGCGAUGCAUGGGUCAUCGACAUUCCCCCCACCUCCGCCUCGCUCGCCGUCAAAUUUCUUCAACGCCACGCUGCCACGCUACAGAACCGCGACGACGGCCUGCACUCCACGCGCCACCUCCGGUCCUUCCGCACCACCCCCACCUCCCCCGCUGGGGCGCGGACGCAGUUCCUGCUGUGCCUCGAACCCGCAUAUCCAGAUCGCACCGACCUCGUCGAAUGGCUCAUCCGUGAAGGAACCAGCAUCUUCGGUCCCACGCCCCAGCCCUACCUCGCUCCCGUACCGGCAAUUGCGGCGCCUACACGCGAACGCUUGGCGGAAUGGCAGGCGGUCUGGCCAUGCAUCGUCCGGACCAACGCCAAGGAGUUGCUGCCGGGCAAUGCGGGGCCGGUGCUAUUAGUCGACCGAAAGGCGGACGAGCAGCUGUGGGAGGAUCAAACGAGGUUAAGGUGGGUGGUGAAUCGGUUCAAACGGGUGACUGCGCUCGCUCGGCAUGCGCAAGGACAAGGGAGGGGCUUGGGGUCGGCGGUGCACGUCACGCACCCGUUUGACGUUGCACGACGGUUCGAAGGGGAGUCGUGGGAGGAGAGGGAGCAGUGCGAUUGGUCGAAGUUGACUGGAAUCGGUGCUCCUGUGGUUGGUCGUGUUCCUGCCGCACGAGAGGAAGAGGUUCAUAAAAGCCUGAUCAGCACGCUGACCAUGACAGACGCCGAAUGGACGACGUUCAACUCGACUACUCGGUCCCCCUUCACCGCAAGCACAGGCGCCGGAGUGAUCGAAGUCGACGCGCUCGAUCGUCGUCUCGACCGACGCAAUCCGCUCAAGCACGCCGUGGUCGAAGCUGUGGCCCGCGUAUCUGUGCUGCGCGCCAUCGACCGGUCCCCCUCCCCCGCGUCGAAUCCCACCGCGGCGCCCGAGGCAGCGGUCGCAGCAAACGGCUCCGACUACCUCCUCACCCACCUUUCGCUGUUUUCCCUCUACGAGCCGUGCAUCUACUGCUGUAUGGCGCUGGUGCAUUCGCGCGUGAGCGAGGUAUUCUUCCUCCUACCCAGUCCGGGACGCGGCGGGUGUUGCGGUGCGGCGCUGGGCGAUGUGGGCAAGUGCGAUGGUGGGGGAGAUGGAGGUGUGGUGGCACUUCAGGAGCAGAAGGGGCUGAAUCAUGCGUUUAGCGUUUGGAGGUGGAUGGCGGACAACUUGGCAGGGGAGAGGGUGGAGGAUCUGGCCAAGGAGUUCGAUCUGGGAUCGUUGGACCCCUGA